AUGGCGGCGUCUACGGUGCUGGUGCUCGCCCUGGCCGUCCUCCUCCUCCCGGCAUCGUCGUCCGCUGCGCGCGCACCACCGGGCUCGAGCCCGCUGGUGGCCACGUGCAAGGAGGGCCCCUUCCAGGCGCACUGCGUCAAGGAGCUGGGCCCGCGCCUCCUCGACAUCCAGACGGCGCUCGCUUCCGUGUCCCCACGAGGCGCGCUCAUCGCCGGCGUGCCCGGGACGGUGGACUUCUCCUCCCUGGUCGCCGUGGCCAUGGAGGCAGCGACCGAGGCCGGGGCCGUAGCCACCACCAUCUUCGACGGCAAGCUCCCCGGGUUCAACGCCUCCGUGCCCGACUUCAAGAAGUGCCUCGACAACUGCACCGUCACCAUGAAGUCCGCCAUGAAGAAGCUCCACGGCGCCACCGCCGCCAUGAAGGUCCACGCCCACCAGGUCGCCACGAUGCUGGCGAACAAGGCCAUCGUCGACGUCGGGUCCUGCACGAUGAGCUGCCACAACCUCACCGGUGACAUGAGGCUCAUCCUCGAGGCCAGCCUCGUCGAGUUCCAGAAGAUGCUCAGGAUCGCCGUCACCUUCAUCAGCAAGCUCGCGGCCAAGACCCCGCCCGGUCCUCCUCCAAUGCGCGGCAUUCCCCCGGCGCGCCGACCCUGA